GCUGCAUUGUGCAGCACUAUCUAGCGAUUCGAAAACGUAAACAAUGCGGAAAAUGGACUCGGCAGAGGAAGAGGCGAACAGCACAAAAAGGCUGAACCACCAUUUCCGAAUCCGAUGGUCAAAGGAGAUGGAGCAGCUGGUAGUAGAUCUCUGGGAGGAAUAUAUAGAUGACUACUUUGGGGCGCGCAAAAGACGCCUUAUAUACAAAGACAUGGCUGAGAGAAUAACAGCUGCAGGCUUAGCCGUUAUAUGGACUGAUGUACGGAACAAGCUUGAGAACCUAACCCGAAAGUACAGGAUAGAGAAGGAGAAAGUCAUGUCCAACCAAGGAAGUCCUUCUAGAUGGCGGCAUUUUGAAAAAUUCACUCCAUAUUGAGCGAUGUAAAACCAGGCAGACCAUCAAGUCGAGAGACUGUCAAAGAGGAAUUAGCCGAGGAUGAUUUUGAAAUAUCUUUGGAUGACGCCGAGACCGAGACCAAUGUUGACCCCCAGUCCGAGCUGCUCGUUAUAGCGCGGGAACAACUACAAAUACAGAGGGAGGAGCAGAUAUUCAAUAGAGAGCACCGACGAGCCCAGCUUAAGGUCCUAAAGUACAUUGCUAGGUCGCAGGACCGAUUGCAUUCACUGUUAAUUCAGCUUUUGACUGACACAAAUGACGACGACAUGUAAAUAAUAUAUUAAAACUACCUCCUAAUUGUCAUAAAUAAAACUGCACAAUUCGCCA